AUGGCUUCGCACUGCGGUCCAAUAUUGGGCGUACGAGGCCAUUUUGGAGAGGAGGAGGCAUUUGUGAGGACAAUUUCUUACGAUAGUGUGGAGAACCUGGUUGAUGAUGUUGUCGAUGACACAGAGGCUGAGGCAGGUAGUCAGGUACCAGAGACUCAGGUCCCAGACACUCAGGAAAGAGACACUCAGGCCACUAGUUCAGAACCUCAGCCCAGUGCACUAUCUUCAUCAGGCGUUCGGGGUGCCGAGUACACUGAUUUAGUGGCUCGGUUGGAUAGGAUCGAGGCUGACACUCAGGCGGCUCGGACACAUAUUGGCCAUGUUGAAUCGUCCGCCAACGACGGCUUCGGCACGGAGGCCCCGGCGAGAUCCAUCUACCCCACCACCACCGCUUCACCCCCAGUAGAAGAGGAUGAGGUCUUCCCCGACGAUUACGAUCCUUAUGAGGGAGCUCCAGCGACUCCGAUCGAGGCACAACCUCUUAUCCAUGUACAUGACACCGAGUCGCAGGGUGAGAUUCUGUCCAUAGAGGCACAACCUGCAGUGGUUAAGAGUCGGAAGAGGAAGAGAAAGCCUCCUGUAUGGUUCGGUGACUAUACGGAGAUGAAGAGGAGACAUAGGCCAUCUUCGAAUUUUGAUCCCCUGGAGCCACCGGAUGAGAAAUUGUUAACCACUUUCCGAAAGUGGUGUGUUGGACUCAUUCCGAACCACCGACUUCGGGAUUUGAGAAGUGGUGAUUACGGUCCAGGAUUCUUUUGGAUAAUGCUCACACCAAAGGAAUGGCUUACAGAUGACCAUAUAGAUGCAGCAAUGCAUAUGCUGAGGAGGCGACGCACCGACUAUCCACUGACAUUUCCUCAGAAGGGUAUCAUUCUCUCCACAUUCGUGACCGCCAUGAUCAGCAGUGCAUGGACGAGCCACAAGGGUCCGAGGAAAAACUUUAAAUGGGAGGAUUAUAUCCUGGACUACUGCACAGGGGCUCAUAAGUCCCAAGUCUUUGAGAGAUGGAGGGGUAACGAGUUUAUUUACUUCGUUCUGAACCUUCCCACGGCAAGGCACUGGGUCACAGUUGAAGUCGACAUAGAGCUGUGGAAAAUUAAUGUCUACGACUGUGAUUCCAGCGUCUGUCAUUGGACCGCCAUGGAACCCAUCAUGAAGGUUUGGGCGAACCGCCGCCCUCGCUAA